UGGAAUAUAAAAGAAAAUAUGUAAGUUAAUUUUUAGCCCUGUGCUCUGUUAGAAUAGCCUACUGGUUGUUUUAUAAUUGAAUCCCCAUCAUGCCUAUCUGUCUGUUUCUUAUCUGAACAUUUCCGUUACUGAAACAGGGUCAACCCACAUCUAAAAAUUUGAGUAUGUUCUGUUUUUACUUGCUAUUUAAAAAAGAACAGUGGUAGCAUCUCUGCCAAGUAGGCUACUACUUAUUAAGUAUUUAAGAAUGUGUGUUUUCACCCUUGGAUUUGUCUCUCACUCAGUCUAUGACUCUGUGCUGGUUAAAUGAUAUAUGAGAAUUACAAAAGAGGAAGGCUGACGUUCUGUGGUUUUGUAUGUCUGUCUGCCGCCUCGCUUGCAGACUUCCAUCUUGUAAUGUGUGACUCAUUGUCAGGUGUCUGCUGUCACGUUCUCAUGCAUGUGGCCUGGUGGAAGUGCAGUGGUGCUUUUAUAUAUAUUUAGUUCUGUUUCUUUUUAUUCAUGUGCUGGUCAUAUGGUGUUGUAUGUCACGCAAGUGUAGAAAUUCUUUUUAUGAUAAAAAAAGAACAUCACAAUGUGAUUUGUUUCUGGUCCCAAAGAACAUGACAGUUGAUAGAAUAUUUUAUUUAUUUAACAUUGAUAGAGAAACAUAAUUUGUGCAUGUAUGUUUUUUACAUAUAAAUAUAUGAGUGUUAUACUUUUAUGCUGUAUUAUUGUGCUUUUACUAAAUGGGUGGUGUCAUUGAGACACUUUUAUUACAGAUGAAGGCUAUUUUGAUAGCUGUGACAGUUCUCUUUCACUGUUUGGGACAGAGGUGUAUACUCGGGCAGGGACCACUUUGCCAAUCUCACUCUUCAUGCUCUGAAUGUAUAAAGAGUCCCGGAUGUGCAUGGUGCUCACAGAUCGACUUUCUAAAACCAGGUGAGUCAAAUGAACGGCGAUGUGAUUCUCCCAGGUCUCUGAAGGAGAGGAUUUGUAAUCAUAUGAUCAAUCCUGGAUUACAUCCCUUGACUAAUGUGAAGAACAGUGACCUCAGCAGUGAUCGUGAAAAUGUGGUCCAACUCAAACCUCAAAAUAUCAACAUUACACUCAGAAUUGGAGUUCCAUUUGAAUUCAAAGUUGAGUUUAAGAGGGCUGUAGGUUACCCUAUAGAUCUGUACUACCUGAUGGAUCUGAGCUAUUCCAUGAAAGAUGAUCUGGAGCAAAUUAAAACCCUGGGGCAGAAAAUCCUCAAGAAGCUGAAGGACAUCACAGACACCGUCCGGAUCGGCUUCGGGUCUUUUGUUGAUAAGGAGAUGUUGCCAUAUGUCAGUCAGGUGAACGCAAGACGUCUGAACCCCUGCCCCAAUCGCAUAGAUACCUGCCAACCGGCCUUCAGUUUUAAGAAUGUCCUGCCCCUGACUCAGGAUGCCAGGGAGUUUGAACGAGAAGUUAGCAAACAACUUAUCUCUGGCAACCUGGACGCUCCUGAGGCUGGUCUGGAUGCCAUCAUGCAGGCUGCGGUCUGUAAGGAUAAGAUCAAGUGGGGUAAUGUGACACGGAUUCUGGUUUAUACAUCUGAUGAUACUUUCCACAUGGCAGGAGAUGGACGACUAGGUGGUGUCUUUCAGCCACAUAAUGGACAGUGUCAUCUCAAUAAUAAUGGUUCCUAUGAUGGAAAAGCCUUUGAUUAUCCAUCAGUGGGCCAUGUAUCUAGAGUCCUGCAGGAUAACAAUAUUCAGCUCAUAUUUGCUGUGACUGAGGACAUAUAUCCAGCAUAUAAGGCCCUCAGUGCACUGAUUCCUCAGUCAGUGGUUGGCGUAUUAAAGAAGGACUCAAGUAAUGUUGUGGAUCUCAUCUCUGAAGCCUAUGGGAAUUUGUCAGCCACACUGGUGUUAGAGCAGGAGGGAGCUCCAAAAGAAUUGGACAUUUCCUACAGGUCUACAUGUAAGGGGAAUCAUUUGGAUAGUGAAUGGAAGGAGAAAGGGGAAUGUCAAGGCAUUAAGCAUGAGCCGAUUACGUUCAAUGUACGUUUGAAUGCGUCUGCAUGUCUGACAAAGCCUCAGACAUUUCGGAUCAAAAUACAAGGCAUAAAUGAGGAGGUGAAGAUCACAGUGCAUACAGAGUGUGACUGUGACUGUGGUGUUGCAGAGGAGGCUUCCAAACACUGCAGCAGUAAUGGAAAACUCUCAUGCGGCGUGUGCAGCUGUAAUGAAAGGUUUUUGGGUCAGCGCUGCGAGUGUAAACAACAGACUGAUGCGGACUCCAUCAGCAACAUGCUGGCAUCCUGUCGGCCUGACAACAGCUCGGUGACUUGCAGUGGACAUGGCAUCUGUGAGUGUGGCAAGUGUGUGUGCCAAGGCCAUUACAGUGGGAAAUUCUGCGAAUGUGAUGACAAUAGUUGUGAAUACCAUGAUAACAAGCUCUGUAAUGGUAAAGGCAGAUGUAAGUGUGGGACAUGUGACUGCAGUCAUGACUACACGGGGUCUGCAUGCCAUUGCUCACCUAGCCAAGACAAAUGCAUGAAUAACAAUCUGCUUUGCAGCGGUCAAGGCAAAUGCACUUGCAACGUUUGUAAGUGUAACAAAGGAUUCAAGGGAGAGAACUGUUCUGCAUUCACUGAUGAGUGCAUGCUGUUGAAGGGCUGUGUGAAAUGUCAUGUAAAAGAUGGUACUCCUGAUAUCAAUAUCUGUGCUGUAGAAUGUUUGAAUGCUACAGUAUCUCGUCUUGUUGGCACUCAUGAGCUGCGUUGCACACAUGAAGCGACCAUGUCAUAUGAUGUGAAACUUGGUGGCGACGGCAAAAUUGUGCUUCAAUAUGCAGACCUGCCUCGUUCUGUUGAUAAGACUAAACUUAUAAUUGGCAUUUCUGUGUCAAGCAUAAUUUUUAUUGGCAUUAUAAUAAUCAUUAUUUACCGUUGCCUGCUGGAGCUGUAUGAUAUUAGAGAAUAUCAGAACUUUGUCAAAGUGCAGAAGCAGACCGAAUGGAAAGAGACCCAGAAUCCUCUUUUCAAAGGUGCCACAACAACGGUGUACAACCCUUUGCAUGACAAAGACGAAAACGAAAAGGAUUUUGAGUCAAUUUAAUUUAAAGAGAGAGAGAGUGUCUCUGGGAGUUUGCAAUUGUGAUAUCUUGUUUUUGCAUUUUUUUAUUGUAUAUCUUAAAUUGUGUCAAUGUCAUUAAAAUCUAUAUUCUAAGCUAACAAUAAAACAUUGAAAUACA